AUGGGACGUUCACCAUGUUGUGACAAAGUUGGUUUAAAGAAAGGUCCAUGGACUCCAGAAGAAGAUCAAAAACUCUUAGCAUAUAUCGAAGAACACGGCCAUGGAAGUUGGCGCGCUUUGCCAGCUAAAGCUGGUCUUCAAAGAUGUGGGAAGAGCUGCAGAUUAAGAUGGACCAAUUAUCUUAGACCUGAUAUUAAGAGAGGAAAAUUUAGUUUGCAAGAAGAACAAACAAUUAUUCAACUUCAUGCUCUCUUAGGGAACAGGUGGUCAGCUAUAGCUACACAUUUGUCAAAGAGAACAGAUAAUGAGAUAAAGAAUUAUUGGAACACACAUCUGAAAAAAAGGUUAACAAAAAUGGGAAUUGAUCCAGUUACUCACAAACCUAAAAAUGAUGCACUUCUUUCAUCAAGUGAUAAUGUUCAUUCAAAAACAGCUUCAAAUCUUAGUCACAUGGCUCAAUGGGAAAGUGCUCGUCUUGAAGCUGAAGCUAGACUUGUUAGAGAAUCCAAAAUUCGUUCACACAAUUCACUUCUUCAUAAUAAUCAUAAUCAUAAUCAUUUGAAGGCUUGGAAUAUUAAUCUUGAAUCUCCUACUUCAACUUUAUCUUAUAAUGAGAAUGUUCCUCCUAUUAUUAUGAGUAGUGAAGGAAUUGGAGGAGAAAAAAACAAGAAUGAUAAUGAGAAAAAUAAUAAUAAUAAUAUUGAUGUUAAUGAUGAUGAGAACAAUGUUGUUGUGUCUAUGAUUGAGUUUGUAGGAACAAAUUCAAGUUCAAUUGUGAAAGAAGAAGGUGGUGAUGAUCAAGAAAAUUGGAAAAGUUAUGAAAGUUUUACAUCAAAUCUUCAUCAUGAGUUAACUAUGUCAAUGGAUCAAGGUGUUGGUGAUGUUAUUGCUGAAGAAGGGUUUACUAAUCUUUUGCUUAAAACAAAUUCUGAGGAUUUGAGUUUGUCAGAAAGUGGUGGAGAAUCUAACAAUGGUGGAAGUGGAAGUGGAAGUGAAUUCUAUGAAGAUAACAAUAACUAUUGGAAUAGUAUUCUUAAUUUAGUUAAUUCUUCUCCUUCUCAUUCACCAAUGUUUUGA